AAGCUCUCUGCAAGCCAAGUGUGCAACAUUUUAAUGCGUAUAAUGGUAAAAAUAUCAAGAUAAGGCACAUAAUAGAUGUAUGAGAACCCCCCUGGUAAAUCCCUGUGGUUCCAAUAAAGCUAGCAUGUUAUCUGUCAUAAUGGAAACAUGCGUGCCAAGCUGACGCGAAGAUAAUUUACAAUGUUCACAAGUCAAUGGCAGAGUCCGCUACGUAAGCUAACCUACAUUAGCUGUCAGAAGCAGCUAAUGUGAUUUACGUGUUUUUUACGAAAACCAGCAGCAGAAUAGCGGGAUCAACAUUUAAGUUCUUGUUUUUUUUCUUUGAGUUUAAUGUUUGUUUUGUUAUUACUAAACGCUGACGUCGCCACAAAUGUAAUUAACUGUUAACUCAACUUUUAGCCCUUCUUGUUACGUUUCGAGAGGGAAGUAUUUCUCUGCUGCACAUUUCCUGUUCCCUAGCAACAAGAGCAAUGUGGAAAUGGGGAUGGAAGAAAAAAAGACAAUUGGAAAAAAGGGGGUUGCCCUUUACACAAAAAUAACCUUUUUGAAAUAAUGGAUGAAAAUAACUCUUCGAAGGCUGGCGUUGAAUCAGCACUGCUGCAGCUCAAUUUUCCUGCUUCUCCUAAAUUCAAGUCACUCUCCUAAUCGUUUGGAACUGGUUCUCAACAUCUUCUGCCGUUUUACCUCCCUCGACCCUCCUUGGACCUUAUUGUAAAGAUCUAUCCUCUACGUAUACAGACAAUAAAGGCAUCUAAUGCAUUUCCCUCCUGCGUAUUCAUACACUCUGUGUCUGGUGCACUUCAUUGAAUCGUCAUCUUGUAAUGGCAUUGCAAGACCCUGGCAGGACAACUGGUUUUCCUUGCAAACAAUGUUACAUGGUAUGUCCCAAUAUGCCCAGACUGCUCGAGCACAUGGAUGCUCACCUUCAGGAAGAGGAAGAACGCAAAUUUAAAUGUGAUGCAUGUGGACGUGGUUAUAGGCAUGCUGGUAGCCUAGCUAACCACAAAAAGACUCACGAAGUGGGUUCUUUUCAAUGCAACGUCUGUGGUAAAGAAAACUCUAACUCUCUGGCGCUGAAGAGUCAUCUUCGGAGCCACACUUCACAGAAAAAGUACUCCUGUGACGAAUGUGGGAAAAGUUUUCGUCUGGCAACACAGCUGACUACACAUGAGAGGGUUCAUCUGGCCAGGCGAGUAAAGGAGAAGUCGUAUAGGAAGGUAGACAUGGAAUAUCCCACACAGGAAGAUAGUCAAGAAAUUGAAGAUGAUUCCCCACAUGAUCCCAGUGAGCAGUCGGCCAGUGUGGGGAUUUCUACAGAAAAUAGCCCCGCUGAGUACAAGGCGGAGGUUGUUGAUAAUUCACAAUCCGAGACCUCUGAUGAUUCAGCAAAUCGACCUUUCAGAUGUGAUUUGUGUGACAAGUCGUACAUACACCAUCGAAGCCUGACCAAUCAUAAAAAGACUCACCAAGUGGGAAUGUUUGAGUGCACAGUGUGUUUCAAACUGUUCAAUAACAUGGCCGCCCUCUACAGCCACCAGAGAACUCACAAGGGAAGAAGCGGGACGGACCCAGAUUCAAUGGGUGGGUCAUACACAGGCACACCAAUGGACCAGUUUUCACCUCAGAGCCAAGAUGCUCCAGUAAACUUCUGCCAUUUGUGUCAGGUUCUAUUUCCCAAUGAUGAAGAGUUCCAGGAACACAUCCAAAUGCAUAACUCUUCAUCUAUGUCAUUUGGGCUUCAAGAUACCUUGUCUGAGAGUCACAAUAUAUCGUAUGACAACAGUAUUGCUUCGCCUGAGUCAAAUUUUUAUGCAUCUCCAAUAAAUAACAUUCCCUCAGUAUCAUCAAUAGAGAAUCAUGGAGGCUUUGAUCAGGAGCAGAUUAGAAGUAACGGCCACGUAUACUCGGACUGCUCCAACAAUCAAACACCACCUUCCAAUAGCACUCAGGGAGAACCCCCAGUCAUAAACACAAGUAUUCUCAAUCCUUCCCUGACGCUUGACACCGACGAUGCAACUGAAAUGGAAGAGACUUCAACUGUAGAUUCUGACGAGCGUCCCUUCAAGUGUCAAAUCUGCGGUAAAAGCUACCGACACUCCGGGAGCCUCAUCAACCACAAAAGGUCCCAUCAGGUCGGGAUUUACCAAUGUUCCAUCUGCAGAAAGAGUUAUCCUCACCUGGCCGCUCUCAAAAGUCAUCUUCGUCUCCACAAAGCUCAGUCUUCAUCUUUUGGCCUCAACACCGAGGGAGACUGGCUCUCCUCAGAGCCUCUAACUCUGGAUAACCAACAGGGCUCCUUCUCCUCUCAAGACGAGGAAGAGGAUGGCAUUCUCCCCGAGCUUGGUUUGGAUCAGGAGAAUGGAGUCGACCACAGCAAUGAAGCUUUGUACCAUGAGCAGUUUAAUCAGGACUUUUCCCAAGAUAUGACUGAGCAUCUACCUCACAAUGAACACCUGAUGCAGAGGCACAUGUGUGCAGACUGCGGUGAGACAUUUGCAGACAUUGCAGGGAUUAAGUCGCACAGUUGCCCACUGCUACAGCAGCAUCAUGACACUACUAGCAGUGAUUAUGACAGCGUUAUAAAUUUCCAGGACAGUAAUGGUCACUGUGCCGUUGGAAAUCCAGGGAGUAAUGUAGAGUUCCAGGGUCUGAAUGAUAGCCACGACCAAAGUUACUUUGAACAGAACUUCCAUGACAAUAUGAGAAGUGAUCAGCUGAAUGGUGGAGGAGAAGGUGAUAACGCUGACGAGGAGGAGGAUGAUGAUGGAGAUCUUUAUCAGUGCUCUAUAUGCAGAAACAGCUACACCAGCAUGAGGGCUCUCAGGAGCCAUCUCCGUGGGCACACACAGUCCCAUAGUACACCUGCGAGCUCAGGGCCCUCCUCCAUGUCCUCCCAUGAAGAGGUGAAAGAUGAUGAUCCCGGAGAGAUGAUGAUCUGUAGCACAUGUGGGGAAAGUUUUGCCAAUAGGCAAGACUUGAUCACUCAUCAGCUUCUACACAAGGACCAGGUGGACGGUGUAAAUCAUUUACAUAUGAACAACAGUGGUGUGUCUGGAGGCAAGGAAGAAGUUCAGAGUAUCAUCUGCGGCAGCUGUGGCAUCUUCUGCUCCGGCUACCAUCAUCUUAAGAGCCAUGGCUGCACAGCUGACGGGAUCGGUAAGUCGUCACAUGGUAAAGAGGAAAUGAAAGUGAAUGAUGUUGCUCAGCAUGAAGACACGAGUCGCGUCAAAGAGACUGUUGAUACGGAAGAUCGUCAGUACAAGUGUGAUCAGUGUGGGCGUUCAUACAGACACGCAGGCUCCCUCCUUAACCACAAAAAGUCCCACAAAACGGGUGUGUUCAGAUGCCUCGUCUGCCAAAAGCGCUUCUACAACCUGCUGGCCCUUAAAAACCAUCAACGGUCCCACUUUGAUAUUAAGAGGCAUUCUUGCAAUGAGUGUGGGAAAGCCUUCAAAAUUCAGAAGCAGCUAGUGAAUCACCUGAAAAGGCACAAAGAGAACCAAGCCAAAAUCCAGGAUCUCAACAACCAGAUCCAGGCCCUCAUGCAGAUGAAUGGGACCAAGUCAGAUGGAGACACGCAGACCUUAACUUCAAAUGCCAAUCAGGCUUUUACCUCUUCUCGACGCUGCAAGCAACUGCCUGGAGGGAAGAGAAGACAGACAAAGUGUGAGACUUCAGUCAAAUCGGAGGACACAGGUGACCAACGGCCUUUCGCAUGUGAUCAGUGUGGACGUACGUAUCGACACGCAGGAAGUCUGGUCAACCACAGAAACUCCCAUAAAACAGGUGAAUAUUACUGUUCUGUUUGUAACAACACUUACCCCAAUCAACUAGCAAUGAAGAACCACUUGCGUACUCACUUUGCUUUUAAAAAACACUCUUGCCAAAACUGUGGAAAAGGCUUUAGGGGAAAGAAGCAGCUAUUAGCCCACGUUUGUGCAGACCUCAGAAAGGAGGGGGCCAGGGCCAGGAGGGGCCUCAAAUCUAGAGCCCUUAAGUGUAAGGAAUGUAAGAAGGCCUUUGUCUCUGUUGACCAACUGACAGCCCACACCUGUGAUGCACCAUCAGGCAGCAGUGCUGCACAAACAAAUGUGUCUCUAAUUAAAGCGGAGCGGCCUUUCACGUGCAACAUAUGUAAUCGCAGCUACCGCCAUGCAGGCUCACUCCUGAACCACAAAAACACCCACAAGACCGGACACUUCAGCUGCACCUUCUGCUCCAAGCCCUUCACUAACCCCAUGGCUUUACGCAAUCACACACGCAUCCACACACAAAAGAAGAAGUAUGUGUGUCUCACAUGCGGAAAGGCCUUCCGCCUCGCCAGUAUCCUGCACAACCACCAGAGGGUCCACAACCGGGUGGCGAGUCACUUCAGGUGCUCUGCGUGCGGAAAGAGCUUCCAGGGCAGGUCUGGCCUGAAGAGGCACCGCUGCCGCAGAGGUCAGGAGAACUCCCCGAGUGCCGGAGUCCAGCAGUCAGAGAGGGGAGACAAGUGCUUCAUGUGUGACCUGUGUGGGCGCUCCUACCGCCACGCUGGCUCUCUCCUCAACCAUAAAAAGACACACUCCGAAAACCUCCACCACUGUUCCUUGUGUCUCCAGACAUUUCCUGACCCUCUCACUCUACAGAUACACUCCCAGAUGAGGCGUCACUGCUGCCCCGAGUGUGGCAAGACCUUCUGUCUGGUGGCACACCUGCAGAGCCACAUGGAUGUGCACUCAAAGGAGCGGUCUGUGGUCUGCAGCCCCUGCCAGCAGAGCUUUCCCAACACAGCCAGCUACCAGCAGCACCAGGACAUGCACCACGGGGCUCAGGACCCCUAUCAACAAGGCGUGGACGAACCUGUAGAUGACAACAUCUGCUGGGACUCUGGAAUAGAUCCGAGCAUGGGGAUGGACGGGAUGCACAAGCCGGUUCCACCACCUUUGUCCCAUAUUCCAGGAAGCGUCACUAAUUCACAGAUGAGUAACGAGUCUGCCGGCACAGAGGAGAAGAGCCACGUGUGCGAGCACUGCGGCCGCACUUACCGCCACGCCGGCUCCCUCCUCAACCACAAGAACAGCCACAAGACGGGCUCCUUCUUCUGCUCCAUCUGCCAGAAGGAGUUCACCAACCUGAUGGCUCUCAAGAACCACCGGCGCAUUCAUACGGAGCCAAAGCGCUACCAGUGUCUGGAGUGCGGGAAGGCGUUCCGCGUGUCCACGCAGCUCAUAUGUCACCGACGAAUCCACACCAAAGAGAAGCCUUUCGCCUGCCUGCUGUGCGACAAGAGCUUUUCCAGCAAGUCCAACCUGCGGCACCAUCAGAAGAUGCACCAGAACAGCCAGACCUACGACUCCUCUUUUAGCAUGGAUGCUAACGCGUUUAUGGACUUGGACAUGGGGUCUUUCCUUUGAAGACGGGCUAGAGCCUGUUAGAGAAGAGGACAGGCGGUCCUCUUAUUUAUUUGUUAUUCAUCCCUCUAUCAAAAAUUGUAAAACAUUAUUUUUUUCAGAAAGUGCUCCAUGGUUCUGAUAGAAGCAUGCACAUUUCAUUACUGACUUCCAGUCUUACCUCCACGACAGACGGUGGCGCAAAAGUCUUCAGAGGGUUUAUCGGUCAGCUUUUUAAUAAGGCCUGAAUGUUUUCCAUGAAUACACAGGAUCCCAGAAUACAAGGCGGCUGAUGAAAAUGAUUAGUCCCCCCCCCCCCCCGCUCAUUCCUCAAUGACAAACCAACCAACCAAAGUGAACAGAGAAGUGCAGCCCAGGUCCAUGUAGGAAAACUGACAUGUUUUUGUAAGACAGUACUGUUCUUGUAACGGUGAUCUCUCCUCUCUUGCUAUGUAUAAUUGUGUUCAGUGCCUCUGUAAGUUCCUUAGGAAACUAAAUAUACUAAAUAUACAAACUAUAUUUAUCUCUGAAUCCUUUUGUUAGUUGUCGAAAGGACAGCUCACUUUCCUUUUGGAUUACACAUAGGGGCAAGCCUGUCGUUAUUAAGUCAAAUACCUCCAAAGGCCAUUGGCAAAGUGAUUUUCUAAAAUCAUAUUAUCAAGUAAAUAGUCAAACUGCUAAUAAUAGUAACGUCAAGUCACAUUGUAUGCUUAAAAAAAAUUGAUGUUUUUAUUAAUUUAUUCCUGUUUAUUUUAUGUGCAUAUUUUAGAAAAAGCUUUUUAUGAAUGUUGUAAAAAAAAAAACAAUUCUGUCUUCUAAAACUCAUGUAGCCUUUAAGGAACGUCAUCAGUCGGUUUGUAGUUACUUAUUAGUCCUCAGUUACAACAACAAGCAGGAAUGAAUGAGCCAAGCAUUAUUGGCAGCACUCAGGAUCAACCUUCAAAAGGAACUAACCCUGACGUGCGAAACAUUGUAGAUAAUCAGUUUCACAACUGAGCAUUUCGAUUCCACUCGUGCCAUUUCAACACUUAUAAGUUAGCUCAAGUAACCGUUGUCCAAGUCACUCCCAACGGUGAGCUGCGGCCGCACAUGCAGUACACGCUGGGAAUUAUGGUCCAUCUUGAACCUUUCAGAAGCAUCAGUUAUGUUGAAGUGCCAGUGCCUAAAAUGUCAGUCAGUUGUAGCAGUUUAAUGUGAACAAACCUCCUCUGGCUGUGUGUGUGUGUGUGUGUGUGUGUCGUGUACCGUAAAGCACAGUGUUGAUUUUAUAUUGUCCGUUACAUCAUUUAAAAAUCUCCUCAGUCGCAGUUAAACGUCUUAAAGCAGCCGAUAACACAAGUAUUGCGACAGUGAGGUGAAGUUGGUUCCUUUUUUUUGUGCCCGUACAUUUUUUCGUCCCCCCCACAAAUGCUUUAUAUGAAUCAAAUGGAACAAAUGUGUGUUUUCAAACAAACAUGUGGCCAAAACUUUGCCAACAUUUUCUGCCAAGCGCGAGUAUUACUACAAACGUACUACGGCUUUAUGGAUUCACGAGGAAGAACCAGUUUCAUCUUCACUGUCGUGUUCAUGAACCACUUUAUGCUCUGUGAGAAAUGUGCAAUUAUUGAUUCUCUGGGUUAUUCUUUAUUUUAUUUUUUUGCCAGGUUGUUCCUGAAGUGGUUUCUUUUCACAAAUCAGAAAUCUUGCAAAAGGGAACACAUGGCUUUUGUUUUUUGUUUUUUUUUAAUAACAAUCUGAAAUUAGAUUUUCUUUAUGCCUUAUACAUUACAUUUCAUGUAUGAAUAUGUUUGGCACUGGUCAGAAGUAUGAAAUUACCUCAUGGAAAGCCCUGCCUACCUAGCAACUGCUACUUAAUGCCUCAUGCAGCUUAAUUGUAGAGAAUACACUGUAAUCACAGAUACUUAUCAAUUGUAAGACAAAUAGAAUGAAUGAAGCAUUAAUUUUAAGGUUUUACUUUGUAGUUACCAGUCGUUUUUCUGCAGUUUGUUGUUUUCAGAGUUAUAUUUGCACAUUUGUAGAUGAGACACUUGUAGCCUAAGGAGGACAGGAAGUCUAUAAUAAUGCAGCCGACGGCCGUCGUCUGUCGGGGUGUCGGCGGGCGACGCGUCGGCUGUUCGUUAGUUCACCUCAGUUAGUUUGCAGGUCGUAAUAUUUAAGCAAUAUGCUGAAAGUAUUGUUUCAGUGCAUGAACAUGUCAUUUUGUCUUAUCAUUGUAUCGAGUGCAGUGGCAUCAGAUUCAGUAUACUGACACUAGCCUUGGAAGAAGAAAAAAAAAAACCCACGACAAUUUGCCAUUUUCCUCCAUUAUUUAAAAUCUUACACGUAUUAACUGUAAUGAUUUAGAAGAUCUUACCGUAACAUAUUUUCAUAUGCCAUGGUAGCCUACAUGUAAAACGACACAUGUACUUUUGAGUUCAAACUUAUUUUUUUACAAUGUUCUCCAUCUGAUCUCCCUGUGGCACCAAACAGGCUCUCACUCCGCUGUCAUCGAUCACAAUCACAGCCUGGUAUUCGUGGUGCGCGUUAAUCUCAGAGCUCUCUCUGUAAAUAUUGAAAGGAAAACAUCGGUUGGAUCUAUGUACAUUCAGAUUUUCCUCAGCAGGAGAAAACUGCUAGAUUAGCUAUUGUGUAAUUUAAAAACGCAUAUACCACAUGUUCUGAUUUAUUGGAUUUCCAGUGCUCAAAUGUCUGCUCACUAUUUAAUUCAUAUUUAUAUAACUAUUUUGUCACUCUGAAACGUAGAUUUUUACUUCUUUGUUAGAACUUAGUUUAGGAUAUAAGCAAAUUAUUGAAAAUAAAACUAGUUGAAAUUAAUUAAACGACUUGUAAAAUACAA